GGCCAUACCCAUGAAGUCAUGCUCGACUCCGAGUCGGAUGUAGCUUAUUGUGAAGCAACGAGGAUUCUGGCAUGUCCGAGUUGACGAAAAUGCAGCCCGCCGAGGGUCCGGACUCCGUUCGAAGUGACAGUGUGCCGGUAAGUGCUCUCAUUUAACAUUAGUGUGCGUUGCUCACGAACACAGCCCCGGACGUCAAGUAUCAGUGUCAUAGACUCGUAACGGCCAUGUGGUUGUUGCGUAUCCGCAUAUGGUCAACAGGCAUGAAGUAGUACGAGGAUACUAUAGCACUCCCACGUUUGAUGUGCCUAAUGAGUCGCACCUUCUGUACUCGGCCAACGGAGUACUGGUAGUACAACUAAUGGCGGCGCAGGCGGGUGUCACCCGAUGCGCGAGUGAGCACUUGUCACGUCAAGUUAGAGCUGUGUCGUCCACGGCGUGAGGAUCCUGCGGCUGGCAUAUUCCCAUUGACGUGUCCGAUUAAUGUGCAUAGUCGGGUAAUGAACAUUGUCAUUUGAGCCGUA